CACUCACAUUGGACGGUGGUAAUUAUCACAAGUACGUCACAAUCUUAUCUACACAAAUACAUAGUACAUUACAAACAGAGAUCGAUUUCUUAUUUACUAUAAAAACUUUCUAAACUAUUUAUAUCUACAAAAAGGUAGUAUAAUUUAAGAUCUACAUUUUAUCGAACCAAAAUGGACCAUAUUAUUAACGUUAUUACUGCCUGCAUAUUGGCGUAUUGUAUUUACGAAAUAGUCAAUAGAACCUCAAACUCAUCUGUGAAAUUCCUGAACCUUAUUUAAACCUUAAUGCAUUGAAGGUGGAGUUCAAAAUUAAUUACGGAAAGAUAUAUAAUGGUAACCCAACAUGUUGUUUAAGAAGAAAAAGAAGUACUACAAGGACUGCAAAGUGAUACCGGGAGAGGCUAUAACCACACAACACAGACUACUUAUAGCAGUAAUGGAUUUGCUGAAACUAAUCAAAGUGUACAUAGACCGAACCGUGCGCCUAAAAUGGAAAGAGCUUCACAGCUGUAAUGGAUCCCAAUUACUGGAAGGGAUCAAAUUAUACUUACGGAAAGAUGUAAAUACAGAUAAAUUAGCCGAUAAAAUGUGGUCCGAUUUCGAAAGUUUCACCCAAAGCUACGCGAAGAGCAUUUUGGGAGUAUUUAAGUGUAGUCUCCCUACGCGUUAGGACACUACAUGGUGGAACGAUGACAUAAAGUACAUUAUAAGGGCAAAACGAGAAGCAUUUAAGACUUGGCAGAAAACCGAUCUUGGAGAAGACCUUGAAAUCUAUAAGUCCAUGAAAGCGGUUGCAAAAUCAGCCAUAGGACAAGCAAGAGCUUCAUCGAGACAGCGUUUCUAUGAACAUCUAGAUAAUGCGCCGACUGAAAAUGCGAUAACUAAAAUAGCUAAGCAGCGUCACAACGCAACUCGUGACAUAAUCUUAUAUAUAAAAAUGAAUCGCAAAAUGUGUUGGUAAGCGCAUAACUCAACAACGCCUCGACCAAUUUGGCCAAAUCUUUUUUUAAAAUGUUCGUUGAAGUUCAAGGAUGGUUUUUACGGCGAGAAAAAUUAGAAUUAUUGCUGGAAAAACCCUAAACAUAGCCCUUUUCUUUUUCCCAUACAAAUGAUUUGUAACUAAAACGUUGAGUCAAUUUGAGCUCUAUUACUAUUGUAUAAAGUUCAUAUUAAAUUACAAGCACUCACUGUUAUCUAAGCAAUGUAGGUGUGUUCCUAACGUCAAAGAGUCAAUUUGCACUUUAUUACCGCUGUACAAAGUUGAAAUUCAAUCAUAUCAAUACAGUGUGCGUGUGUGCGUUGGAGCACAGAAUACAUCGUUGGAGGAUUUAAUGCCGCGUUCCGAAACUCAAUUAAAGUAAAUCAUUAGUACUGAUUUUCAAUUUGGUCGGCUUUGCGAUAUUAUUUCUUUUGUUUUACUUUCAGCACGCGACAUAAAAUGCAUCAUUUUUCACGUCAUGACAUCAGUCAAACACAAACCGCGUUACCAAAAGUGUUUUAUUAUUUAUUAUUUUACACACAUAAAAAAUUGGUACGGCCUGAAGGAUUUGAUUCCAAGUCAUACCAAAUUUAAAAAAAGUUGAAAAUUGAAACAACAACAAACUGUCGAUGUUUAGUUAGUUUAAAAAAAAAACUAAGAAAAAUAAACUGUCGAUGUCAAUUUGCCGGUGUGGAAGUAUUAUUUUCUUGGAUUUUCUGUUACUUAUUCUACUGAGUUUGCUUUUGUCAACUGAUACUGUCUAAUACACGAAACAAAUUCGUAUAUCGUGUUUUGUGCAGAGUGUUUAGUUACCUAUGAUCACUAUCUAUAUAUAUAAAAAUGAAUCGCAAAAUGUGUUGGUAAGCGCAUAACUCAACAACGCCUCGACCAAUUUGGCCAAAUCUUUUUUUUAAAUGUUCGUUGAAGUUCAAGGAUGGUUUUUACGGCGAGAAAAAUUAGAAUUAUUGCUGGAAAAACCCUAAAAAUAGCCCUUUUCUUUUUCCCAUACAAAUGAUUUGUAACUAAAACGUAGUCAAUUUGAGCUUUAUUGCUAUGGUAUAAAGUUCAUAUUAAAUUACAAGCACUCACUGUUGUCUAAGCAAUGUAGGUGUGUUCCUAACGUCAAAGAUCAUAUCUAUCAAAACAAUGUGCGUGUGUGCGUUGGAGCACAGAAUACAUAGUUGGAGGAGUUUAAUGUCGCGUUCCGAAACUCGCGUUUCUUUUGUAUUAGUUUCGGCACGCGAGAU